AUGGAAGUAGAGGACAAAGUACAAAUCACAGGCAUUGAGACCCAUGGCGAGAAAUUGUCAUUUAGAAUUUACAACACAGACACUUCUUUUGUGAAUGGUCUUCGUCGAAUGAUAAUGGCUGAAGUACCUACCAUUGCCAUUCAACUUGUUCGUGUCCACUUAAACACAUCAUAUCUCUGUGAUGAGUACAUCGCUCAUAGACUUGGCCUCAUUCCGCUCGACUCGACUAAGGUCUACGAUUUCGAGGAUGGCGACCAAACGAUUUUCAAUAUCCGAGUGGUCAACGAGAAUGAGAGAGAGUCGCUGAAUGUCACAUCGAACGACCUCCAGUUUGUCGAAGGGAAGAAAUUGUUUCCUGUUGGAUACAAAUCGGAUAACCCAAUUAUUAUCACACAACUUGGCCCACGUCAGUCGUUGUAUGUUGACUGCUUCGCGACAAAGGGGACGGGGAAAUUCCACGCGAAGUGGAACCCGACGUGUCAGUGUGUAUUUCAGACGCUUGCCGACAUCCAAAUCAACGAAACUAAACUCGCGAAUUUAACAGGGGAACAGAGAAGAACGUUUUGCGAGAUGUGCCCACAAAAGGUCUUUGAGUUCCAAGAGAUCAAUGGGAGGAUAACUGUCGAUCAUCCUGAGAGUUGUAUAUUUUGUCAAGAGUGUACAGUCUAUUCGAAGGAUAUUGGACAAAGAAACUUUUGUACAGUAACUCCGAAAACAGAUGAAUUUAUUUUUAAAGUAGAAGGCACUGGGGUGUAUCCUGCAAAGUCUGUCGUAUCUUAUGGGUUUGGGGAGAUGAUUAACAAAUUCAGUUACUUAAAGAGUGAACUUGGGAAGUUCAAGUGA